AUGGUCCUCGCUUGGCCGGGAGCCUCCAGUCGCUGUGGUGUCAGCCGCCUGCCCGGCACAGCAGGUUUCCUAACAGGCCCGGUUCUGCCGCGGCCACGGGCGCUGUUCGCUCUCCGAGCCGAGGGGCGAAGGCGACUGACGCAGUUGCCACGCCGCGAAGACUAUGCGCCUGGCGAUACCACCGAGAAGCGGCUGAGAUUUCAUCCCGUCCGCUUCAAAGACGGCAGCGUGGCCCGCGCUCUGGAAACGGCGGAGGCGACGCCGACGUGGCGAGUCAGAGUUCUCCCCCGACGUGGCCACGUGGUGGCGGUGGUGGGUGAAGAGAAAGAGCCCGAGGUGCAGUGGCAACUUCGCCCUCCUCCAGCGCUGCGAGUGCUGCUCACUGCAGGGGCCUGCGGCAAGGAGCAGUUCCUCCGUCUCAUUCGCCAAAGCGGCAGGGAUCAGGACCGACUGGAAACUGAGCCGUCUCCGGAAGUCGAACCUGUGGGAGCCCUUUGCUGCGGAGCCGUGGCUGUGCUGCUGCUUGGCCCGGGCAAGGCUGCUCUGGGCCUCCUCAGGAGCUUGGAGCGGCAAGCGGCUUCGAAGCGCCAGCCGAAGGGCUGGGAGUUGCAGGAGCACAAGGUGAUCUCGACCUAUGCCGUCCGCGGCAAGGAGAAGAAAGGCACAGGCCGCUUCCAACUCUUCGAGGACGCCAAGAAGCGCGGCCACGGCGGUCGCUCCGCAGGAGCUAAGCUGCGGCGUCACAACGCAAAGCGCUUCUUCGAGAAGAUCAACAGCAAGUUCGAUGAGUGGGGCCUCGAGCUUCGCCGGCUUUGGAGAGAAGAUCCCGAGACCGAGGGCGCUGUGAGGGGAUGGCCGCCCACUGCCGUGUUCUUUGCCGGCGAUCUUCGAUUGCGGCGGAUGCUCUUGGACUGCAAGAAUCCGAAAUGUCCGCUGCCGAGCGACACGAAGCUAUGGAUCAAAGUCCCCGCUCCCUUCUCCGAAGCGGAUCCUUCUCUCGAG